GGAGCGUCCAUCUCCAUCUCCAACCCAACCGACAGUUGUUGGUCAGUCGCACCGGCCGGAAGCGGAAGCCGAAGCCGAAGCUGAAGCGAGGGACCCGGGCACCGGCGCCGGCGCAACUCACUAGAUCGUUGGCGCAGGAGCGGGUCUGUCUGUGACGGGCACGGCGGCGGCGGUGGUGGUGAGGGGGAGGAGGACUUAGGGAGCGUUGGGGUGAGCGAGCAAAUCAGAUGCGCUCGGAAUGGGGAAGCCCGUCGAUGUGGAGCUCGGCGGCGGCGCGGGAGGCCUCGAGAUCGCCGGCGGCGGAGGCGGAGGCGGAGGCCCAUGGGGAGGGCCAGUCUUCGGCGCGAUCGGGCGGGCGGUUUCGUUCCGGUGCGUCUUCGUGCUCCUGCUCGCGGCGGGGGUGCUCGUCCCGGCGCUGUUCCUGCUCGUGCCCUCGCGCCACCAGGAGGGGUACCUCUCGGAUGACCACGACGUGCUCGCUGCUGAAAUCAAAGUUGGUUUCACUUUGGAAAAGCCAGUGUCAUUCCUUACUUCUCACAUAGACAAACUAGGGAAUGACAUAUUUGAAGAGAUUGGUGUACCUAAUAGCAAGGUUUCCAUUGUUUCAAUGCAUCCUUUAACUUCUAAAUACUCCACAAAUGUUGUUUUUGGUGUUCUUCCUUAUCCAAAAGAUGCUUCAAUAAGUUUGCCGGCUCUAAGUGUGUUGAGAUCAUCCUUAAUAGAGAUGAUGCUCCAGCAGGUGAACCUGUCUUUGACACCUUCACUUUUUGGGCAUCCAUCUUCUUUCGAGCUGUUGGGAUUCCCUGGAGGAAUUACAGUCAUUCCUGCACAGUCUGGUUUUACAUGGGCGAACACAGACCCCCUAUUCAACUUUGUGUUGAACAGCUCCAUUUAUCAGAUUUUGGGUAAUCUUACAGAGCUCAAGGAUCAGCUGAAACUUGGAUUGAACUUAAGGUCAUACGAGAAAAUAUAUUUGCAGUUCAGGAAUGAGAUUGGUUCUUCAGUUGAAGCUCCAGCAACUAUUGUGGCAUCAGUACUAGAUGGAAGCAGUAAUCUUUUACUAGAUAGAUUGAGACAACUAGCUCAGUUAAUCAGAGAACCUGAUGCUAGGAAUCUUGGGCUUAAUCACUCCGUAUUUGGUAAAGUAAAGGGUGUUCAGCUGUCAGCGUACCUACAACACAAAAUCUCUGAUUUAUCUCCUAGCCCAUUUCCGGCUCCGGCUCCGGCUCCAUCUCCGUCACAAUCACUUUCUCCAACCAUGCCACCAUCAUUGUCACCAAUUGGGAGCAUCAGACACCCUUGUUUUCCAUGUUUUAGGUGUUAUUAUCCCUCUCCUGCUGAUGGUUCGAUGCUAAAACCUCCUUGCAUUGUUAGAGACCCCAGGCUACCUCCAUUAAUGCAUUCACCAAAGACAUCCAUCAUGCCUUCCCCACCAAAAUACCUUCCUCCAGCAGAUCCACCGCCUGCUCACAUAGAUCCUCCGCCUGUUCUCAUAGAUCCUCCUCGCCCUUUACCUAAUCGUAAUCAUUUUCCAAAAGCAGUAUCUGGACCCACUUCUCAAAUGAUGCCAAAACCUUCACCCCGACGACCAGUGUCUCAACAUUCGAUGCCCCCAAGGAAAAAAUGGAAUAGCAGAACAUCAGAGUCCUCUUCAAUUGCGCCAUCACCAUAUGCUCUCCUUCACACUUGAAGUUAUGCUUGAUUGGAUACCUGGGUUGCUUCGACUGUUGGUCAUGCGUCAUCAGGAAAAUCUAGCCAGAAGACAAGGUCACAGUUUUGCUUCAAGCAUAACCAUGAAUCGCAAUCAUGGGCUAUGAUGCAAGCAUCAGGUUUUGUUUAUUGGCUACUGUAACUAUAUGGUAAAUUCUAAAGCUUUUGAGGUCAGGUUAACUGUAGAUAUAGGUCUAUAUCAUGCUAAUUAACCAGGGUAUUACGCCACGAAGGUGGCUGCCCUACGCCCUAUGCCUCUAUCAAAUUUUAAGUUCUCACCGAAGGGUCGGGAGCUUAUAUAGAGGAGAAUGUAAGGACUCUGUUACUUGGGUCCACGUUCUGCAAUAUUACUUUCUUGUAACGUAUUGACCAUAUAAAUCCAUAAUACAACAUACAACUUCUCAGCAGGAUUCCAUUUGUUCUA